CCCAUUCAUUUUAUAAAUCCCCCCCCCCCCCCCCGUGAAGAAGAGAAGUGGUUGAUCGGCACUAGGCCAUCUCAUACCCGCCACGUUGAGUGAUCCUAGACCGCAACAUACCGGUGCAUAUUUACCUGGUAGCUAUCUAUUUUUGGGCCGUGCGGGCUAAAUUAUCUCUGCUAUCUUCUCAAUGAUGGAGUUGCGAUGGGUUGCGUGUCGUCUGCAUUGGAUACUAUGGUUGUUGUUUGUUUCGUAUACCAGCGCGUUCUACUUGCCCGGUUACUCAAUCAAGCGCUAUAACGAUGAUGAAUCGAUCCCUCUCCUUGUGAAUAAGAUCUUCUCGGACCAUACGCAGCUUCAAUAUGCCUACUUUGAUCUGCCCUUCGUCUGCCCCCCGAGUGGGCGCGCGCAUGGUGGCUCUCCUUUUGGUUCCGGACAAAGUGUUUCGCUCAAUCUGGGGGAAAUACUGCGUGGGGACCGGAUCAUGACUUCGGACUUUGAGAUGCAGAUGGGCAAGAAUAUCGAAUGCCAGGCGCUGUGCACACGGGAGGUCGGACGCAAGGAUGUGAAAGGGAGCCGACAGCUUAUUCGCGACGGCUACGUGGCAGAAUGGAUCGCGGAUAAUUUGCCCGGGGCGACGAGCUUUGUCACCGUUGACCGCAGCCGGAAGUACUACGCUACUGGGUUCAAGCUCGGGUUCCAGGACUAUUCUCCGGUUGACGGCAAACAGCGGUUCUAUAUGCAUAAUCACUUCACGAUCGUCAUCCGCUGGCGGUCAGCGCCGGAGGGAGGGAAGGUGAUUGUGGGGUUUGAAGUUUACCCCAGGAGUAUCCGUGCUGAAGAUCAUGGACCGGAUGGGUGCCCUAGGCGCAUCCAUGACGAUCAUGAAGGGCUGGAGUUGUAUCUUCCGCCCAACAUGGAGCGGUUACGGAAGAUGUACCCAGGUUCCUCGUAUCUCCCAGAAGACGAUGAUGAUCUCGAUGAUGGGGCGACUCUGAAAAUCCCGUACAGCUAUUCGGUAUACUUUAAGGAAGAAAACGGGGUCGAGUGGUGGAACCGCUGGGAUCUCUACUUUAGCAACCAAGAGGAUAGCUCGAUGACACAUUGGUUAGCGGUCCUUAAUUCUCUGACCAUAUCCGGUGUUUUGGGUGUCGCGGUCUGUGUGAUCUGGGGUCGGACGGUACAAGGCGACAUCAAGGGUCGGGGUGACGGUGCGAUGGAUGACAGCAAACUCCAAAGAGGGAGCAAAUCUCGAUCGUCAUCGGAGAGAAAGAUAGAGGGACUGCUGGAUCAGCCGGACGUGGAACGGGAUGCCGAUGUCGGUUCUGAGGACGAGGGCUUGGACGAUGUCAGCGGGUGGAAGCUUCUCCACGGCGAUGUCUUUCGCGUGCCGGAAUACAGUGGACUGCUUGCGCCGUUGGUGGGCUCGGGGAUGCAGCUAUUCUUCAUGACUUCUGGUCUUCUCCUUCUCAGCUGCCUGGGCAUCUUGAAUCCUAGUUUCCGAGGCGGGUUUGUCAGUGUCGGGAUGGGCUUGUUCGUGUUUGCGGGUUUGUUUUCUGGAUACUUCUCGGGGCGGUUGUACAAAACCUUUGGCGGUGUGAGUUGGCGGAAGAACACGUUGAUUACUGCCUUGCUUUUCCCCGGCCUGGCCUUUUGUCUAAUCUUCAUCCUCAAUCUGUUUGUGUGGGCGCAAGCGUCGAGCACGGCGAUUCCCUUUGGCACGCUGGUGGGGAUUGUGGCACUGUGGCUCUUGAUCCAAGUUCCGCUAGUCUACGCGGGCAGCUGGUAUGGAUACGUGCGAGCUACGGCGUGGGAGCAGCCGACCAAGACGGCAUCGAUUGCGCGCCCAAUCCCGGCCCAGCCGUGGUACCUGCACAGCAUCCAAGGCACGCUUUUCACGGGGCUGGCACCAUUUGCGGUGCUGUUCAUUGAGCUGCUGUUUGUGUUCCAAAAUCUGUGGCAGGACAAGAGCGGAUACUACUACGUGUUUGGAUUCCUCAGUGCGGUUACCACGAUUCUGAUGGUGACCGUGAGCGAGGUGACGAUCAUCGCGACAUACAGCCAGCUCUGUUCGGAGAACUACCACUGGUGGUGGCAGAGUUUCCUUACGGGGGGCAGCAGCGCCGUCUGGGUAUUUGGGUACUGCAUUUGGUAUUAUUCCUUCCAUCUGCAUAUCACGGGGUUCGUGUCGAGCCUGCUCUUUUUCAGCUACAGUCUGCUGGCGUGCACGGUGUACGGACUGUUGACGGGGACGGUUGGAUUCCUGACGGCGUAUGCGUUUCUGCGGCGGAUCUACAGGUCGAUCAAAGUGGAUUAAAGAUAUUUCGUUGAAGAAGAGAGUACUCUGUAACUAUGGAUGAUCAUUAGGAUAGUCCUAGUACUAACUAACUAUAUGAUGAUCCCUUUUUGGUAGUUGGA